CGAGCACCGCGACACUGUUGUUGCCUUUCAGCAUAGUUCCGGAUUUUCCGAGGCCGCAGUCCAGCAGUCAAUCGUAACAAACGGAAGAGAGGCUAAACGGCAAGAAAAAUGGCAUCCGUUACAUCGAAAACCCCGAUGCUCCGUGCGGCAGCGGCCCGAGGCUAUGCCGCUCAUGCACAGGCUGCCGCUGCUAGCCGUGGCUCGGCUGAAGUCCAAACGACCACUCUACCCAAUAAGCUGGUGGUUGCAUCGGCGGAAGCUAACGCUCCGGUCUCACGGAUUUCUAUCGUCUUCCGUGCCGGAUCUCGCAACGAAACUGCCGAUUGUCUCGGUGCUGCGCAUGUUCUGCGUGCGGCUGGUGGUCUUUCCACGAAGACGGCUACGAGCUUCGGCAUUACGCGUAACAUUCAGCAAGCAGGCGGUAGCCUAACGACCACGGCUGACCGAGAGGUGGUAUCGUACAGUGUCGCCGUGACGAAGGAUCAGCUCGAGGUGGGCCUGAAGUAUCUUGAGGCCACCGCUACUGGACAGGUGUUCAAGCCCUGGGAGCUGGCCGAACUGGUGCCGGUUAUUCGCAACGAGCUAGCGCGUCUGCCUUCGGAAGUGCAAGCCGUCGAACUGCUGCACAAAGCCGCUUUCCGUGAUGGACUCGGCAAUUCCGUCUUCUGCCCGGACUACCUGGUCGGUAAGCACUCUUCCGAGACGAUGCAGCACUACUUCGCGGCCAACUGCACCACGAACCGCGCUGCCGUUGCUGGUGUCGGUGUUGACCACCAGCUGUUGGUCGGUUUCGCCCAGAGUCUCGCCCUGGAGUCGGGAGCGGGAAAUGAAAACAAGUCUACUUUCAAUACGGGCGAAGUGCGCCGUGAUGGCGCCGGUUCGCGAGCUGCUGUUGCCGUGGGAACUCAAGCCGUUGGCUGGAAUUCGCUGAAGGAAGCGAUGGCAUUCUGGGUUCUGCAGCAUGCCGCUGGCGUUGGUGCUGCGACCAAGCGUGGUGCCAACAACGGAGUCCUGACCAAGGCUCUUGCCAAUGUCAACAGCAGCGCCCUGUUCAACGGCUACACCGACAAUGGAUUGUUCGGAUUCAUCGUUUCGGGAGAUGGAAAGGACGCGGGCAAGGCCGUUGAAGCCGGCGUUAAGGCUCUUAAAUCACUCUCGGUAAGCGACGCUGAUGUUGCCCGCGGCAAAGCGUUGGCUGUUACGACUGUGUGCGAGACCACUGAGAACCAAAGCGCGCUGCACCACCAGUUGAGCGAAGAAUCGGCCCUGCUUGGACAGGUGUACAAGAAGAGCGACCUCAUUGCUGCCGUCAAUGCCGUCACCACUGGCGACGUUCAGGCUGCCGCCCGAAAGGUUGCAUCGAGCAAGCUGGCCGUCGGAGCCGUGGGAAAUCUGACCCACGUGCCGCAUCUUUGCGAUCUGCACUAAAUUUCUAACCACUGCACGCGACGACAUUUGAGGGAUGGCUCGCCGUAAAUUCUAGACAAACACUUCUUCUUGAGCGAUAUUGUUGUUUUCUUUCUUCCGCUGUCGAGCCCUUAUUCACCACCACCUCCCCUUGAAGGAGCGCAACAUGCAUAGCCGAAGCUGUAGUAUAAUUGAAGUAUGAUUUUCGAUCGAUGGAACAUUGACCGGACAAACAACCAACUGAGCAACAUGAAAUUAUGAGUCCAUUUGUGAAGCUGAACCUAUGGGACUCAGAUUGAAUGGUAAGAGAAUGCGCGUUAGCCGCGAAAUAGAUUGAUUCUGUAUCGUAUUUGAUGUGUGUUUCUGUUCCUCGGAAGGAAAGCGAUUAUUAAUGGUGCGAACACGUUAUGCAAUAAAUAGGAUAAAUCCCA